AUGUAUUGGUUUCAAAAUCCACAGCACAAAACAAGAUUAAAGCGAAGAACAAAUGGAUAUAAUACAUAUUGUAAAACUUUAAAAACUUAUAAAAAGGAAGCUCAAAUGAACUACAUAAAGCAUAUCUGGGAACGUUUCCAAGUCGAAGGAACAACAUUUGAACCAUCGUGUCAGCUUGUUGAGAAGAAAAGGAUUCUCGAUUUCUGGAAAGAUGUUGAAUUAACCAAAAAAAAUAAAAAAAUACUAGAAGAUUUAAAUUUUGAAUUCACUUUGGAUUGUACAAUGGAACACAAUAAAGAAGUGGGAGAAAACCGAAAACUAAAGCGUAUCUUUGAAAAUCAUGAUGGGUCAAAUUAUAUUAGAAGGUCACCACCCACUUCACCACAAUUCAAAUUAUUGCAAUAA